ACACUGGUAUCAACAAACCUCGGCGUGGCGAUCAUGUUGACGUUUCGAUGGAAACUCCGAUCGUGCCUGCUUUCACGAGCGAUGAAGCUUCUAGCGUUUACGAACCAGCCGAAGACAGCUUCCUCCUUAUAGACGCUUUGGAAAAUAAGCUCGAAAGCAUCCUGAGCAGAAAGCCCACGGUAUGCCUAGAAAUCGGCAGCGGAUCUGGAAUAGUCAGCACUGCUGUAGCUCGAGCUCUCGGGAACACUUGCUGCUUUCUUACCACCGACAUCAACCCCAGGGCAGCCGAGAUGACCAAACGAACUGGUCAGAGCAAUGGAGCAAACAUAGAGCCGGUGUUAACAGACUUGGCAGGAUCGUUCUUGGGGCGCCUCGAUGGUCAGGUAGACCUCCUCCUCUUCAAUCCUCCCUAUGUUGUCACAGCCUCCGAGGAGGUCAGAGGAUCGCAGCUGACACGAUCAUGGGCUGGCGGCAAAGACGGCCGCGAAGUGAUAGACAGAUUCAACCCCCUUGUGCCGAAGUUACUCAGUCCCAGUGGCCUCUAUUUCCUACUCGUCAUCAAGGAGAAUAAGCCAGAUGAAAUCUGCCAACUCAUGGCCAAAGCUGGUCUGAAGGGAGAGGUGGUCAUCUCCAGGAGAUGUGGCGCAGAAUUCCUCAAGGUGUUGUGCUUUCGCAAAUAAACACAACGUUCCUCACAGCGAC